AUGGUUGGAUCGCGAAACAGGAACGACGGGGAACCCGAUAACGCCACCGCCACCGCCACUACCACCUCCACCGGCACCGGCAACGGCACUGGUAACGUGGUUAACAUUUCUUCUGAUGUUGAUUCAUCUCUUUCAACAUCGUCUAGUAGAUGUAACGAUUUCAAUUCUUCCUUAAGUGCCUCUAUCUCUCCAAUGCCUAAGAUUCCUCGAAUAAGAACCAAGAACUUAGGUACACCCACUUCUACUGAUAAUUCAGCAUUGCCAUCUCCUUCAGCAUCUCCAUCUCCAUUUCCAUCUCCAUCUCCAUCACCUUCACCAUCGCCAUCGCCAUCGCCAUCGUCUAGUGGCAGAAGGUUCGAUUCAUACUUAAGUGCCUCAAUCUAUUCAAUACCUAAGAGUUCUCCCAAGAAUCCGGUAGUACCAAAUAGUCCAAGAGCUCCGGUGCCAAACAGUCCAAGAACUCCGGUGCCAAACAGUCCAAGAACUCCGGUGCCAAACAGUCCAAGAACUCCGGUACCAAAUAGUCCAAGAGCUCCGGUACCAAACAGUCCAAGAAGUCAUUUCGUUGAUGAUCAAGAAUCCUGGGAAAAAGCAAUAGAUGAGUUAAAGUCUUUUGGGCCGAUCUUCUGCAAGAGAGUCAAUUAUGAUGGAAAAGAACUCAGCUACAGUAACUGCUACCAAGUUGCAGAUGCCCUUUUUGAAAGCCACAGAUCUUGUAUAACAGAGGCAGAGAAUGCUGCAAGGGCUCGAAAUUACACUGAUGCUGCUAAAUUUAGAAAACAGGCAGACGAUGCUUUCAUAGCAGCUACAAAAGAAGUGUUGAUAGCUUCAACAAGAAUGUUUCUAUAUAGGUAGUUGAUUAUGUGACUAAAUGGCUCAAACUAAAGUGUAGAUUGGAGGAUGAUGGUGGGGUGGUGUGUUACAGGUUUGAUGGAAGAAAAAUCGAAAUCAAAUUAAGUGAUUUGGAUCGUUUGAUGAAUGUACAGGCUUAGAUAUUAACAUGUGAAAUUCUAAAUAGUUACACGUAGUACUUUGGAAAUAGAAAAAGAUAAAAAGAAAAGGCCCGCUUGUUUGAAUUUGAAUGACUCAUUCCGUUUCUUCAAGUCAACCAAACAUGAAAUGGAAU